AUGCCGUGCAUCCACGAUAGUGUGAUAGUUUCUUUCAGGAUAGUAACCAUCACGGUUGCGAAUUUCGCACUAAGUUAUAUUAUCGAGGGGACCAAGAUGAACUUAUAUUAACAUAUAUAUUAAUUAAUUAUUAAUUAAACUUAUAUUAAUAUUGACCGCCGCGUAUAACUAUAAUAUGAAACAAUAAUUGCACCGGUAAUCGACUGGACAUUGCAUACAUUUUAAUAUACCUGAUUUUUCGUACCAUCGAUAAUUUGUAGUAUAUUUAAAUACUUGUAUUCUCAAGAUGACAAACCAAUUUUUUCUUUUAAAUAUUUUUCGUACAUUAUUUUCUUUAAUUUGCAGGCAGAAAAGAUGACUGGUAGAAAUGAAUCGUUCACAGCUGAUUAUUGUACCGGUGAAACUGUUACGCUGUACAGUCAACAACAUCACACAAGAAUACAUCUCCAAACAAACGGCCCUGCGAAAAAUCACAUUCCCUUGAAUCCAAGUAAAAUUUUAUAUAUUUACCUACUAUUCUUUUUUAGUAUUAUUAUAUUUCAUCGUGCCAAUCGAAAUGGUAUUUUUUGUUCUCUUUAUAUGAAAAGAUAGUUAUGAAAAAUAUUAUAUUUACCGUUUUUGAUAUUAUUAUACUCCUUUAUUUAACGAAAUUUCAAUAAUAGUUUAUUACAAUAUUAAUAUAAAUAUAUAUCGUAGCGGAACAUCGAGAACUCGAAUCGAUCGGGUCAAAAAAAAUAAUAAAAUAAAAAUUCGAGAUGUAGGACAAACAUUCUAUCUUAUUAAACAACACCGACUGUAUUUUUGAUUUUGAUUGUUUACAAUGUAAGAAAUAUCCGGUUUACUCAUACGCAAUAUUUGCAUUAUCCUAAAUAUACUCAGUUAUAUAUAAUAUACUAUGUAAAUUUCAAAAAACGUUUUCCGUAGUAUUCUAUUUACUCAAGACUACACUAUUUUAUAGUGAAAUCGGUUAGUCUUGUUUGGUUUUUACUUUUGGAUGAGGACCUGUAUCUGUACAAUAAUUGUCGGUGUUUGUACCGAACAAUUGAGUUAUAAGCCAUAAGUCGACACAAAUAACUGCGACUUAUCGAGAAAUUCGAGUUGGCAAAAUUCGUGUUAUCGAGUUAAUGUAUCCCAUAAAUCCUGCAUUGAAAUUGCAGUGGCCAAGAAAUUUCUCCGUGUAUGUAUAUUCGGUUUAUCGGAAUUCCGCUGUAUUUUAACAAUCAGUGCCGAAAUCUUUUGUUUUGUCGGUUAUUUCGGGUUUGUUGGUUCGUUUUUUUUUUUUUUUUUGUGCGUAUUUUAUCGUUCUAAAAAAUACGGUAUGUUUAUUAUGGGAAUUAUUAAUGUCACCGCCUCUUUACCGUCGAAAUUAUUUUCUUGGUAAAUUUUUGUCAGUGCCGUCUUCAAUAACGCAUCGUUUUAAGAUUCAUUAAUGAAGCGAAUUAAAAAAUAAAAUUCUCGGCAACGAACUGCACAACAUACACGUAUACGUAUAAACGCACGCUUACCUACCCGUCGGGCUCAGCAGUACGUACCCUAUGUAUAGAAAUAAUAUAAUCGACCGUGUUAUUUACGAAUGUAAUUCGUAAACUGUCAAACGCAGCCCAUGAUUUAGAUAUCCGGCUUAUUUUUCAUACCGAGAUUUAUUAACCGUCAUUGCAAUUUAGAUAAACAUCGGGUAUACCUAUGUAAUAUCGGUAACACACUUCUAACGCGCGGGCAUAUUGCAAACGAGAGAACGGUUUUAAUGAAAAAUGGGUGUUUGAAACUGCAGUAAUGACCGUGUUAUUGUUACACGACCGAACACUACUGCAGAUUAAAAGUAAUUUUAUUUCAGAUACGUAAAUAUAUAUGCACACACGCAAUACAUAUAUAUUAUAUAGUACGUAUGCGCCGCGGUAUAAAAUUGUUACGUUUUACACAGCACGCGUUUGCGUUAUUAUUGUGUAAACUGCGAGAAACGACGUCGCGAUUCACAAAAAACUGUGUACAGUAAAACUUUUAAAAUAUACCAUGUAAUACCGCGAAAAUGUGUCAUGCUUUUGGAGAAGAAAAAAAAAGGGAAAAAAUCAAAUCGGAUAUUUGUGAAGUCGCCGUUGAACUGCGCGGCGUAUUUUAUCGGCGAUUGUCGUUGGCCACCAAAAGACCUUUUUAAAUAAAUAAUAUUACAAAGGCGCGCGGCGUAGUUUGUCCGAAAAGUUCAAGAACGAACCCUGCAACGAAAACUUUGACCGUUACGCCGUUUUCGAAAUUACAAUUUUGACCAGACGACGAAAACUUUAUGCGUUCAAAUGUUACGAGUUCCCGCAGUGACCUGCAGCGGCGCAUUACCAUAUACUUAAAAUCAACACUAAACCGGACUAUCCGCGUACCAGUGUUACGACAAUUAAGAAUUUAUUGAAAUUAUUCAUACUCAUUAUCAAUGUUAUUGAGUAAUUUAAAUGUUGAAAAACCAUUAUUUCGGUCCUUAUAGAAUAUUAUUAGGAUAAACUCGGAUUUUUUUUUGAAUUUUGAUUCUUUUCAUCCGGCGAGAAAAAUGAAAAAAAAAAAUAAUAAUAAUAAUAAUUUAAAGAAAUUUUUCAAAAAUACAAUCAAAUUUCUUAACGGUUUCCAACGGAAUAAUAUAUUGCAAUUCUAUUUCCGAAACGAUACGGUAAAUAACCUACGGAACCCCGUAAUUCGUUUUCAAAAUCGAAAUCCGUCAAACACAAUGCUUCCUACACGCAGUUGUUUUAGGUUUAAAUCAACUCCGCCGUCACCAAUCCCCUUAAUGUAAAAAAAAGGUUGUUCUCUUUUUUGCAAUGGUAAUUUAAUAUUUCGUUUGUGAUAUCGAAAGGUACAUAUAAUAUUAUAAUACCUUUACAUUUCGUAUUCGGAAGAGUAAUUAAUACCCGGGUCGUUGAUUUUUUUAAAUUUUUUAUAAGAAAGUAAUUAAUUCGUGUACGGUAAAUCGAAUAUUGUUAAUUUACUAAAUUAAAAUUCAUCGGUUUUUUCACCCGAUGCGAAGAACCUUUUUUUUUUUUUUGUUUUGUUUUGUUUUAUUAUAGCGAUUCUUUUUUUAGUUUAUCUAACGGCAAUAAUUGUUUUAUUUUUUUUUUUCAACCAGUAAAUCACUUAAAUUAUUAUUAAUACGUACACACGGUGUACCAAAAUUUUUACUCUUUAGUUUUUAUAAUUAAUAUUAAUUUGAAAAAAAAAAAAAACCUAUUAACAUUAGCGGUGCCGAACAUUUACAAUAUAUUAUCGCAAUGUUAAAUUACAAUAAUAUUCGCGUAUUACGUUCGGGUUUCUAUUAAACGAUUAGAAACGUAAAGUGCGCGUGAAAUAUUGUAAUAUUUUGUCAUAUACCACGAACGUUUAAUUAUAAUGUUUCAGAAGGCGAACCAAUUAAAUUGCCAGAUAACUUGGAGAGUUUGCCACGUGCCGAGCAUUUUCCCAUUCAAAGACAUCGCUGGAACACUAACGAGGUAAACUACAAUAUUAUACGUAAUAAAGUUUUUAAUAAAAUUACUGCGGGGCACUGGGGUAUUCAGAUUAGUCUUUUGCGUACGCUUAUUAUAUACGUAUAGCCGGUACAUAAUAUAUACGCGUUUCGCUUUGUAAAGGAAAAACCUCAACCGCAAAAAUAAUCCAAUAUUUUACGUUCCGGAUCAAACAAAAAGAUGCGGAUAUACUUACUUCGCACAACGGGCGGGCCACUUAUAUCCGUAAGCAGCGAUUAAUAUUUGCGAACUAAAAACGAUUCUGAGCGGAGGUCGGUAAUACGUGUUUUAAAAGGUUCGGGUUAUGAAUAUAAAUAAUACAUUUCGACAAUUUUCCCGGUUUUUCACCUGGAAUUAUUAUUAAAACCCCCGGGAAAAUCAAAAAGUUACCUACUGAAUGUUCCACCCCAGUUAGAUUUCUUCUCAGAACAAUAUCUACACUGGAAUGUCGGAGCGAAAUUCCUGGUUGAAAAGUUGUUCACAGAUAAGAAGACACAAAAUUAUUGUAAAAACAAUACAUAUUUCUCCGCUCCGCUCAGAAUCUAAAACAGUACGGUGUACGAACGCCGGCGUCGCGCGAUGUUGCGAUAAAUGCGAUAGAUCUUAAACUCGGUAAAGAACACAACGUUUUCCCCUGCCCUUGUUUUCACAGAGAGUACCUAGGUACCGUGGAAUACCUAAAUGUCGUUUCGAAUGCUUUUUCCGUUGCACAAUGCCGGAUCGAUCGAAUCACAUUUUAUCAAAUUAAUAAACAUGAUAUAACAUACGUGUAAUUGAAAUAUCGUAUUUAUUUACGAGCACGCGUCUAACAGUCGCGUUGUUGUAUAACAAGAACGCCGUCGUUGAACAUCAACUAGGUACCUAUAUUAUUAUAAUAUACAAUAAGAAUCAAAAGUCGCAUUUCAAAUAAAUAAUAAUAAAAAAAAAGAAUUUUUAUUUAUAUUAACGGGGACGAACGAGGUGAAACGUGUACAAUAAUAUAUAUAAUUUUUUUUUUUUUUUUGUAUAUACGUUUAUAUUGAAGCCUCACAAUAAUAAUGUAAUAUUGUAUACAUGUGACGGUCUGUUAAAGGCCAAAGGCUUCAUCAGCGCAGGCUUCCCCUUUGAAAUUAUUAUACGAAAAUAAACGAGUAAACUUAUUUUUAUAUUCAUUUUUAUAAAUAUAUAUAUUUUUUUUUUUAUCAAUUUAUAUUAACUAACUGCAGUAUACACCGGCCUAUGGUAAAUUAUUUUAACAAGGCGAUAUUGUCAGGUAUACUGGCACGUAAUUAAAACUAUACACACACGAAUACAAUAUCAUUUUCAGGCAUGGUUUCAAAAAAAAAAAAAAAAGCCUACAGUACAGUAUAUAACAAUAAAAGUGCUGUUACUGGAGUCGGGUGUGCCACUGUUGUAGGUGGAAAGUUAGGAAAGGAGAAAACAUACAAUUAUUUAAUUAAAAUCUGUAAGCAACGAGAAACCAUUCCUAACGAAAAACGAUUUGAAGCGAAAUUCGGUUGAACACGUUUUAAAAGGCCGUUGUGUUUACGAUUUUCGUCAAAAUUUGAUACUAAAACUCUUAUAUGCAAAAAAAAAAAAAAAAAAUUAUACUACAUCAAACUCAUUUUUUUUUACCCCUGAGUAAAACACGUAUAAUAAACUUUCGUGUUAAAUUGUCAAGCAUUUCUGUUCGGUUAAGCAAUUAAAUUUACAUAUCUAUUAAAUAAAAACGAAAAAAAAAUAAAAUAGAAAUUAAAAAUAUAAAAUACCUAUAAAUAGCUUAAAUGUUAUCGAGUAUAGAAAAAUCAAGUUUUUAGUUUUUGGUCAAAAUUGUAAAUUUCUACGAAUAUUUUCAAUUAGAUUAGAACAAAGAAAAAAAAAAAAAAAUGAAAAUAUAAAAAUACUACAGUUUUGUAGCAAAAUUUUUUUCGUUUUUUCUAGGUUUAUUUUCAGUUUUGUUCAAUUAUUUGAAAAAACCACAGGGAAAAUCAUUAAACGGCUUUCUUACUCAACAACUAGAUUAAAAAUGAUACAAACAAGAUCUCUUGUUGUUUUUUCUCUUUGAGAAAUAUUUGCAAAAUCAAAAAAUGACAUUCUCAAUGCGCCAAAUAAAUAAAAUUUUCUUUCAGAAGGGAAACUACACUUAUUAAUAUAUCGGAUCAUGAUUUCUAUUUAAAAAGUUGUUCACAGUUAGACAAAAAAUAAAAAAUAAAAAUCCACAUCAUAGUAAAACUAAUACGCUACUAACUAAACGCGAACUAAUGUCAUUAAUAAAAUCGGUUGUUCUCAAGAGAAUUAUCUUAAUCGCACUGAAAAUUGUACGGGGCCUCGGGUUUUUUAUGGCUAUACAUUUAAUCUGUUAUCUUUGUCCUUUUUUCAGUUACUUUAUUUAUUGUUUUUUUAUAACAAUACUUGUGAUCUUUGAAAAAAUUAACUUUAUACGAUUUGUUGUUUUUGUUUUGUUUAUUUUUAAUAAAUUUUUUUAGGUUCACUAA